AACAGUAAAAUAAGAAGAAAGAAAACGAAAAGAUACAUAUAUAAUUAAGUUAAUUCACGACGUCGGCGUUGCAUGAACUAUUUAACAAUUUUGCUGUGUAAUCGUAAACCGACGAUGCUUUCGCGCCGAAGCAAAGACAAAUCGCAGGCACAUAAAGAAGGCGUUGUGGGAAAAUAUGUUAAGAAGGACACGCCGCCCGAAAUACCGGUAAUAAAUGUAUGGACCUCCUACCCAGACCAACAAAAUCAACGUGCCAAGAAGAAGUCACUGCAACGCUGUGCGAGCACAUCGCCUAGCUGUGAAUUCAAGCCGCGCAGCUCCAGCUCUAGUCGCAAUACAUAUUCGUGCAGCGAUGUUCAGCCGGAUUAUUAUCAUGCGCGACGGGCCCAAAGUCAGAUGCCCUUGAAUACCAAUAAUAAUCAGCAAACGCUGCAGCCACCGACGGCGUCCAAUACUCAGUUUCAGCAGAACAACUAUGUUAAUAUUGAGCAAAUGGAGCGAAUGCGACGUCAGCAAUCCUCCCCGCUGCUCCAAACGCCGACGAGAGGCUUCCAACGUAGUUAUUCAACGCAGAAGCAAACACAACCAGUUGGUGCACCGAGCUAUGAUAUCGAUCAGAACUUACUAAGCGCCUCCUUUGCUAAUAUGCUACAACGGCCAGCCCAAUUUGCUAUGCCACAGCCAACUCAGCUGCUGCAUCAGCCUAUGCAGCAGCAUGCGUCACUCAUGAGAGCGCCACUUGGACARCAGCAGCAGCACUUAGGUGGGCAUAUGAUAGGCAGCUAUUCAAGUGAUUCAUAUCCCAUAUAUGAGAAUCCCUAUCGGGUUUCUUCAAUGCGUGCAACACAGUCCCAGUCGCAGCGCUCGGAAUCUCCUAUAUAUAGCAAUACGACCGCAUCAUCAGCUACGCAUCCACACCAACAUCAUCAGCACCAUCCACAUCAGCAUGCGCAUCAUCAGCAAUUUCACCAUCAUUUACCACUGCCCCUAAGCGCAUCGCUGAGCGUGAGUGGACGAGGCCGAAGCUCUGGCAGCACUCCGAUCGCCUCCAGCUCUGUGCAGUCGCUCUACGCGCCACCUCUGACGCCGCCUGCGGCUAGCAACUCGACUGGCACUGCUGCCGAUAGCAAUAGCAACGGAGCCCUGCAAAAGGUGUCCUCACAGCAGUCGUUGACUGAAAGCGAAGAACUGCCAUUGCCGCCCGGCUGGGCUACGCAGUACACAUUGCACGGUCGGAAAUACUAUAUUGAUCACAAUGCACACACCACGCACUGGAAUCAUCCGCUGGAGCGCGAGGGCUUGCCAGUCGGAUGGCGUCGCGUUGUCUCCAAGCUGCAUGGCACCUACUACGAAAAUCAAUACACCGGCCAGUGCCAAAGGCAGCAUCCAUGCUUAACGUCCUAUUACGUGUAUACCACGUCCGCUGAGCCGCCCAAGGCAAUACGACCCGAGGCGCCGUUGUAUUCCCCACCUGCACAUACUCAUAACGCUUUGGUGCCAGCUAAUCCCUACUUGCUCGAAGAGAUACCCAAAUGGUUGGCCGUGUACUCGGAGGCGGACUCCUCGAAGGAUCACUUACUGCAAUUCAAUAUGUUCAGCCUGCCUGAGCUCGAGGGCUUCGAUAGCAUGUUGGUGAGACUCUUCAAGCAAGAGCUCGGCACAAUCGUUGGCUACUACGAGCGCUAUCGCCGUGCCUUAAUCUUAGAAAAGAAUCGUCUUGCGGGUCAGAAUAAACUUCAGUGACGAGCUGCGCAGCAGGAAUAUAUACCCUAUAAGUUAUACCAGAAAUUACCCAAGUUU